AUGGAAAAUGUGCGCCUCCUCUCGACCGGAACAGGCUUCCUGAUAGUCUUAAUUCUCCAUGUGUAUGCUUUUAGACAUAUAUUGUCAUGGGCAACCCGAAGGAUAACAACUCGCUAUCGGUCGCUGGUGCAGGUCUACGAAGAUCAGGAUGGGGAGGCUACACAACAGACCAUCGAACACACUGCAAAAUGGGGCCUUCGUUUGGCCAUUCUGGUUAUCGCGACAGCUGGGAUGGCCAUCGUAGGGCUACGGAUGGGGCUUGCUAUGCCUCAUAUCCAGUAUCCUGCAAAUGUGGCGUAUUGGAUGGAGUUCGGGGUCUGGAUAUGUGUUCUCAUCCAGAGCAUCGCUCUUACUGUUCCCUCCUCGUCCACGGAGCAUUUUGCGGUUAGCUGGAGAAUGGGGGCGAGCAGUCUUGUCGCACUCCUGAUCUGUCUCGUCCAGAUUUAUGCCAACUCCCACUCAGGCCACAUUGGAAAUGUAUACAUUGCACUUGCUGGUGCCCAGAUUGCCAUUGGUGUUACAAUCGUCCUCCUCAGCUCGCUGAUUCCACGACGUCCAGAUGUUUUCUAUAAGGGUAUCAUGGUUGAUCGACAAUUCACCACCAGUCUGCUAGGCUGGGUCAGCUUUUCAUGGAUUGACCCAGUCUUGCGUAAAAGUGAACAUUCGCAACGCUUAGCUAUCAGUGAUUUGCCGGAGCUAGAUAAUAGCACGAGGGGAGUAACCGUAUACCGUGUAUGGAAAGGAAUGGCAGCAAAGUACAACUUGUCAGCGAGCUGGGGUUUAUGGUGCUCAAUAUUUCGAUCUCAUGGCCGGGCCUUGCUCUAUCAGAUGGCGCUUACUCUCCUGCUCUCAUUCCUCAGCUUUGGCCCACAAAUAGCCUUAUGGCACAUCCUGAAGCUGCUGGAAGCCCGAGAGUCCGGAAAAAAUGCCGAUAUGCUUUGGGUUCCAGUUAUUGGCCUCGGUCUGUCGGUGCUGGGGUCCGCAACACUAGACACGCUGAAGUUUUGGAUCUCAUUUAACAAUCUAAACCUUAGGGUGCAACAACAGCUAUCUCUCGCGAUCUUCAACAAGGCAGUUCGGCUGCAUCGAGCCACAAGCUCUGACGAGGCAGACAACGACGAAACCACUCCGAAUCCAGUUAAUAUGGCUGCCGUCGAUGCCAGGAAUAUAGCGGAUUUCUUCUGCUUUUUCUUCAUCAUAUAUGAGUCACCAACCAAGCUGGCAAUUGCUUCCGUUUUCCUGACUCGGCUACUGGGCUGGCGGAGCCUACUUGCUGGAGUCACCAUCUGGGGCCUCCUUACUCUCUUCAAUGCUUGGGCAGUGAGCAGGUAUUCUACCACGCAAGCAGCAUCGAUGCAGCAUCGUGACAACAGGCUCAGAGCUGUGGUGGAGAUGCUUCGAGGGGUUCGCCAGAUUAAGUUUUCCGCACUGGAAAGCCGGUGGGAGGGAAGGAUUCGUCAAUUGCGAGGCUCUGAAAUCCGAGCGCAGUGGGCGGUCUGUCUCUGGCAGAUGGCAUUUAUGUCCAUGUAUUUCAUAAGCCCAAUCCUCCUUUCCGCAACUUGCCUUUCGGUGUAUAUAUUCUACCAUGGAAGCUUGGAUGCCUCCACUGCAUUUACAGCCUUGGCUGUUAUGAGCUCUCUUGAAAUAGCGAUGGGCAUGCUACCGAAUUUCAUAUCAUUCUUCUUAAGUGCAAAAGUGAGUAUAAGGCGGGUCACAACAUAUCUGUCGCAGCCAGAGCGUUUCAACAAGGUUACUCCCGCCGAGCGAGUUGAAUUCCGGGGUGCGACAGUUGCUUGGCCUGGGUGCAGCGAUACAGCCAGCACUUUAACAGGUCUGACUCUGGCAUUCCCAGAGGAUUCCCUCAGCAUUAUCACCGGACCAACCGGCUCCGGCAAGAGUCUUCUUCUUGCAGCAAUAUUGGGGGAAGCAGAGAUUUUGAACGGCAGUAUAUCUGCACCAGUACCAGUCUCAUUUGAGCAAAUCGCACAUGUUCGGGCCGCCGAUCCCUGGGUGGCCAACUCUGCAGUGGCAUUCGUUUCUCAGUCGAUGUGGCUACAGACAUCCACCUUGAGAGAAAAUAUCCUUCUUGGGUUACCGCUGGAUAAGGAGAGAUACGCAAAGGUGAUCUUCGCGUGCGCAUUGGAGAAGGACUUGGAACUUCUUCCCCAAAAGGAUCAGACGGAAAUCAGCGCCAACGGGACAAACCUCAGUGGCGGACAACGCUGGCGCAUUUGUCUUGCUCGUGCUUUAUACUCACGGGCUCGUACGCUUCUGUUGGAUGACAUCUUUAGUGCCCUGGACGUUCAUACGUGCGAGCACAUCUCUCAGUAUGCCUUGGGUGGGGAGCUGUUGCAAGGGCGAACGUGCAUCCUCGUCACUCACCAUCUCAAACUGUGCUUACCGCGUGCAAAAUACUUGGUCCAGCUCGAGAAUGGUGGGUUGAAGUCGGCAGAUAUACUGCCUGAGCCACAACCAGCCCCUCAGCAACCGCUGAUACCAUCUAUUCAGCCAAAGGAGGAGGCAUUGCCAGCGCUCCUUGAAUCGGCAUACCCUGACAGAGGCUCCCUGGAAAGUAUAAACAUCUCCAGUAGCUCUGCAACUGCCGAGAAAGCUAGCAGGUUGGCUACCAAUUCCUCCGAACGCACAGUUGCUAGUACUUUCUUAACAGAGGGGGGUAAUAUCUUCCAAUGGCUGUUUCUGGCUGUCUCAUUUAUGGGGUUCUCAGGGCUUAUGUUGGCUAAGUCCUGGUGGAUUCAUAUAUGGACAGAUGAUUUUCAGGCAUCGGCCCCGGUCCCUGGGCAAGCCACCGAACAGAUCGCCUCGCAACACUCAGUGUUAUACUAUCUCGGUGUAUAUAUUAUACUCUCACUGUUAGCGUGUGCCUUUGGCACAGGCCGUAUUUAUUCCACUUCGUCUGUUGCACUUCGAGCCUCGCAAAAUCUGUUCCAUAAAGUACUCUCUUCUGUGCUCCGCGCCCCUCUUCAGUGGCACGACAACACGCCCCUAGGACACGUCCUUAGUCGAUUCUCCGCCGAUUUCAAUGCGUUGGAUGCCCAAGUUGGAACCGAGCUUUGUUCUACCUUUGAGUACGCAAUGGAUGUGGCUGCAGCAUUGAUUGCUGGCACCAUUGCGAAUCCCGCCCUCCUUAUUAUCACUAUCGUCCUCCUGACGAUGUACUUCUGGUUCGCCCGCCGGUAUAUCAAGGCGUCCCGACAGUUGAAAGACUUGGAGAACGACGCUAAAGGGCCACUUCUCGAGGAACUGGAAAGCACAAUCAGUGGCCUGUCUUCCGUACGGGCCUUUGGGCAAGUGGAUGUUGCUGUACAAAGAUUUCAAGAUAAAGUGGGCCUCCACGCACGAGCAUUCUGGCAUCUCUGGUUGCUCAACCGGUGGCUGGCCUUCCGAGUCAAUGUUCUGGGUGCUGCAUUUUCCGCUCUUUCCGCUGUGAUGGUAGCGUACAUGCCGGGGAUCAGCCCGUCGGUGGCUGGAUUUGCUAUCGGCUUCACCCUUCAGAUUUCCUUCAACAUGGCAAUGGGUAUACGCGCGUAUUCUAAUCUGGAGCAAGCAAUGAAUAGCGUAAAACGAAUCCAUUCACUCACUACCAUACAGACCGAAUCGGACAAAGGGCACGACCAGGAUCUUCCACGGGGCUGGCCCCGGGAGGGAAAACUAGAGGUUUCCCAACUAUUCGUCCAGCACGCCGCUCAUCUUCCACCUGUGCUGAAAGGUCUACAUUUCACGGUUUCGCCGAACAGUCGUGUCGGCGUGAUUGGCCGCACGGGCGCUGGUAAAUCGUCUCUUGUCUUGGCUUUGUUUCGCUUCCUGGAGGCUUCCCACGGCUCGAUCAUGGUGGACAAUGUCGAUAUCUCGCAGGUGAGCCUUAGCCGGCUGCGUAGCCAGCUAGCAAUUAUCCCGCAGCAUCCGGUGCUUUUCCGUGGAACGGUGCGGUCGAACCUUGAUCCUUUUGGCGAGUACGAUGACGCCGCCCUUGCUGGCGCGCUGCAAGCCGUGGGAUGGUACCAGGAUCGUGACUCGGAAGCCAGCCCUGGUUCUCCACUCCGAUCCUCCUCAGACCGCGACUCUCUAGUCGAAGAAGGCGUCGAUACAGAGCACGACUAUCUCCUCAUGGAGAAAGGCACAGAAAAUCCGCUCGACCAGCCGGUUGCCGACUGUGGAGAGAAUCUCUCUCAAGGACAACAGCAGCUCCUUUGUCUCGCCCGGGCUAUCAUCCGACGUCCGAAGAUCCUUGUCAUGGAUGAGGCAACAUCGUCGGUUGAUAGUUCGACCGACGAUCUGAUCCAGCGAAGCUUACGCUCGGCCCUUGGCCAAUAUCAGACCACCUUCUUGGUUAUUGCUCAUCGGCUGAAGACAAUUGCCGACUCAGAUAUGGUGCUUGUCAUGGAUGACGGGAUGAUUGUAGAAUCGGGCAGUCCGAAGGAGUUACUCCUUCGUGAGCAGUCGUCUUUCCGGGGUAUGGUGUAUCAGGAUCCGGAACGGGAGAUGCUGGAAGAUAUCAUUUUAAAUGGGAUCCAAUGA